CCCUUACCAAGAUGGCUGCGCCCGGUUCUGCAAAGUGUGAAAAUUUAUUAGAUAUGAAAAUUAAUACAGUUCGUUCACAGUGAUCUGAUCUGACAUAGCCGAAUUUCCAUCUAUGUCCAAUAAACUUUCUAACCCAACCGUUGUCACGUUCUGAAGUUGCCGAAUAUGAUUCUACAGAGGCGUUUCCUAACUAACUUUUGGACGCUUCGAACUUUGUCAUUGAAGAAAUCUUUUGCGGCAUGUUGUUAUUCUUCUGAAAGAAAUACGAACUUUUUUGUGACUACACCAAUAUUCUAUGUCAAUUCUUCACCUCAUAUUGGUCAUCUAUAUACAGUAGUCUUAGCUGAUUUUCUAUCUCGAUGGAAUGAGGUUAAAGGCCGGAAAGUUUUAUUUUCAACAGGAGUUGAUGAACAUGGAUUAAAGAUCCAGCAAAGUGCAGCAGAAUUGAACAAACGUCCAAUAGAAUUGUGUAAUAAAAAUUCUUCAAAAUUUAAGGACCUAUUUAAAUUGGCCAAUAUCAGUCAUACUGAUUUUAUUAGGACAACUGAAGAUAGACAUAGACAGGCUGUAGAAACAUUCUGGACACGGCUAGAGAAGAAUGGUUAUAUAUAUAAAGGUGUCUAUGAGGGCUGGUAUUCUAUAUCAGAUGAAGCUUUCCUAUCAGACAAUGAUGUCACCGAUAUGGAAAUAGAAGGCAAGAUGUGCAAGGUAUCUGUUGAAAGUAAAAGACCAGUGACAUGGAUGACAGAAGAAAAUUAUAAAUUUAAACUAUCAAGUUUUAAAGAUGGCAUCAGAGACUGGUUAAACACUGGAGCUGUUAAUCCUGUACAGUUUGAUGGUAUAGUAAGGAGGAUGUUAGAAGAACUACAAGAUCUAUCGGUAUCCAGACAAGCGGACAGAAUUUCCUGGGGUAUAACAGUUCCUGGGGAUUCUACACAAGUGAUAUAUGUAUGGUUAGAUGCUUUGGUAAAUUAUUUAACAGUAGCAGGCUAUCCUAAUAAUCUCACUACUUGGCCACCAGAUUGUCAAAUUAUAGGCAAAGAUAUCUUAAAGUUUCACGCUAUUUAUUGGCCAGCGUUCUUACUAGCAUCUGAAUUACCAUUACCUACAAAACUAUUCUGUCAUUCUCAUUGGUUGGUUAACAGAACUAAGAUGUCUAAAAGUAUAGGUAAUGUAGUAGAUCCUAUAGAUAGAAUAGAAAGAUAUACAGUUGAUGGUUUACGAUAUUUCUUACUCAGAAUUGGUGUUCCUGGUAGUGAUGGAAAUUACAAUGAUGAAUUGGCAGUUGACUGUAUCAAUUCAGAAUUAGUCAAUACCCUGGGGAAUCUCUUAAAUCGUGUCACAUCGUACAGUAUUAACCGUAGUCAAGUCUGUCCAGCCUCCUCUCAAGAAAACAUAGAAAAAUAUCUGACUAAAGAACAACUUGAGGAAUUCCAAAGCUUACGGAAUUUGCCAGAUAUUGUAGGUGAGUGCUAUGAGGAUCUCAAUGUGUACAAAGGACUUGAAAAAAUCAUGAGCUACCUUCAUUGGGUCAAUACUUUUAUUCAGGAACACAAACCAUGGCAACUAGCAAAACAAAGCAAAUCAUUGGACCAUUUAAAUACUGUUAUUUUCGUUGCCAUGGUUUCCAUGAGGACUUGUGGGAUAUUAUUACAACCUGUGGUUCCAGAUCUUUCAAACAAAUUGUUGGACAAAUUGAAUGUGCCAAAAUCUCAAAGACACUUCCAGGAUGCCACGGACAUUGUGUUUUCAAAUAAGGAUGUGCCGUUAGGGAAAGAUAACUCUGUUUUAAUAAAGAAACUUACUUAG